AUGAGCACAACCACCAUCAACGUGGCAACGGUUGUGGAAAGCAUAUACGUCGAUCUUCUGUUUGCACCCAGCGAAAGCAAGCCGUUUUCCACCUCCACAGUUGUAGUUAGUACCGAUUCCGUCCUAAACCGGGCCCAGUCUUCUUCGUCUUCGCCAAAUUCGAUGUCCACUGCUACACUGUUACAGCUGAUGACUUCCACUAAUACGCUUAAGACCCCUUCCAGCCAGCUCCAACCAAGCUCCACAACCCCUGCUUUGAUCGACAAAGUCUCCGAGGGACAAAAUGCAUCAUCGGCAAUUGUCGCUCUGGCCAUAGGUCUGCCCUUGGCAAUUUUUUGCCUGGGAUUCUGUUUCAUUGUCUUCUACUUAUGGAUGCGUAAAAGAUCGUACAGCAGGUAUUCAUCCACACCUACGUUUGCCAAAUCCGCAGCACCGGCACCACGGCGUGAAUCCAAAAUAUGGACCCGUCUUUUCAAUCCAGAGCCCAGCUACCAUACUGAUCCCUUUCAACAUCCUUAUGACGAGAAAUCAGGCACCAGAUCUUUUGUGUCCUUACAUGAAGGUUCUGCUACUAUCAAAUACAAGAUCACCUCGAAUCCUACGCUUCACCAUGUUCAAACUCCACAAAAAGUAGCUUUCCCCGUUAACAAAAGCUACAGCUCGAAUCAAAUUAACACAAUGCUUUAUUCUAAACCGCCCCGCAUUCAAUCUAUUGCAUCGGCAAUGCCCAAUUCGUCGUCGGACCCAGAGGCUGAACGACCAAAUCUGCUUGCUGCCGGAAGUUGGACUUAUGAAUCACCCUUAUCGAGAUGGUUUCUCACAAAGUCCACCUAUUUACAAGACCAGGUCAGACAGCCGCUAAAGUCGUCAACGGUCAAGCUGAAGCAACUGAAUAUUCUGUCCAGAGUGUCCAAAAAUCGCAUCCAAAGUUAUCUUCCAGAUGAAAAGUCUCCGAUUUUAAGUUCCGGACAUUCUCCUGUUUUCCAAGAUUCCUAUGUUAAGAGUAAGUUGGAUCCUCUUGUCCUCAGGUCAUCGUCUCUUAAUCAUUCGGGAAAGCAGGUCAGUUGUGAUCCAAAGGACAGAGAUACUAGGUAUUUGAAAUCUGGAGAGAUUUCCAAGCUGAAUCCUUAUUCACAUUCAGCUAACCCGGGAAGUGUCAUCAAACCGCAAAUCAUCGACAGGUCUGACGCCAGUCAACGAGUGUUGUUGAAACCUUUAGAGAUCCAACGAGCGCCGCCCAAGAGUGGCGAUCAUGGGAAAAGGGUAUAUGAAAAUGAUGGGAAACUAAAGCCCUUCGAUUUUGAUUUCAAACAGCACCUGGAUACUUUGGAUUUGCACAAACCCUUACCUUUGACGCCAAAGUCCAGACAGGCAUCUGAAAAUCUGAAGUCAACGCCUGACACACCUGAGGAAAUGGACGCAGACCAUUCUUCGAUUGCUUCGGAUGUGGGACUGCACGAAAUACAUCUCGUUGUUCGCAGUUAUUCGCACAAGCUGCCUGAUGAAAUAUCCAUUCGACGCCACGAUUAUGUACGCUUACUCGCAAGACACACUGAUGGAUGGUGUUUGGUUGAAAAAUGCGAGCCGGACGGUAAUCCUGGCUACGAAAAAGAAGAGCCUGAAUGCUCUAAUAUCGAUGGCAGGUUUUAUUUGAAUGAUUAUCGUGGUAUUGUGCCCGGUGUUUGUUUGAAACAAGUGACAUGA